AUGUCGAGCCCUAUGACGCUUCAUUCCGACGAUUGGGAGUACAAAUGCGAAGGGUUGGGAAACGUGAUCCUUUCUCAUGUCGAAAGCAGCGGUCAUACAACCUCAAAGUUACGAGGAAAAGUGUUGAGAGUUCGCAAAUGUCCUAGAGAAUUAUUGACAUCAUCAUCCAAUUCACACAAAACCUACGAAGACGAGUUAAAUUCCACAUACUCGAGAUUAGAAGGAGUGUCCUCCCGAGAAGAAUAUUUAAAAAUUUAUGUAAAAGAUGUGAUUGGAAAAUUAUUGAACGAGUGUCAUGAAAAAGGGCAAGAGUUAGUGGAUCCAGGAGAAACAAUUUCAGUGAGUCGAGAAUUUCUUCAAGAAAUUAAAGAAAAAAUCAAUCCACUCCGUUCCGAACAAAUGCUUAAUUACAAACUCGAUUUUGACAUUUAUGCCGAUAGUGCCAUGCUCAUGAGAGAUUUUACAUUCAACAGAAAUCAUGAAACAAGCUCUCAACAAGACACGACUUGUGAUUAUACCUUUUGCGUUGAAAUUAAACCCAAAUGGGGAAUGAUUUGCAGUUCCGAGUUUAUUUCCUCACAAAACAAACCCAUCAAGUAUGAAACCUGUCGCUAUUGCAUGCAACAAUUUACCAAACUCAAACAAGGACUCAUUCUCAACACGAGUGCUUUCUGUCCCACGAACCUAUUUUCCAGUCGGGAAGAACGAGUCAAAAAGGGUCUUUAUGAUCUCAUUGAUAAUCCUCAAAAUAAUAUGAGGCUCUAUAUUGAUGGAAAAUUGGAGUGGUUUGAUGAUAAUCGUGUGGUGGUUCCGAGUCGCAAUUUCCGAGAAGAGUUAAACCAAAUAUUGAAAAAGCAUCGCGUAGAGAAUAUGGAAGAAUUUGUACAGUGUAUUUGUUAUUGCUUGAUUCAUUCGAAUAUUAUGGAAACUUUGCAACGUUUGCACCGAUUGGAUCGUUUUGAUAUUGAAUUUAUAUAUCCUCAUGUUUAUUCUGUAUUGAAAAACAAGUAUGGAAGUGAUGAGAAAAUUCAGGAAUUACUUUUCAAUUUUAAUAACGAGAUGAAUGAAUGGAUGGAUCUUUUAAAACAAGAAUUGAAAAACGAGAGCACUAACAAUGGUUGUAUAGAAUUUGAAUGCUCUUGUAGUGGAUUUUCUUCUAAUAACGGAAAACAUUCAGAGCCUCCAAUAUCAAUUUAUUCACGAGUGAGACCUCAGUUACGUACCCUUGAUGAUCUGAUAGAGGCUUGCAGAACGGAUGAGAAGUUUUGUUGGCACAUACUUCGCAUGUAUUUGAUUGCUCAUUGCUUAAAGGAUUGCUCCGUGAUGAUUUCAUUCAAUCUCAAACAUGUUGGAAGUAGUGAUGAGGAAAUUGCCUAUGAUAUUGGAUUGGUGGAUUUGGAUCCGAAAAUUGCAGCCAAAAUACCGAGCUAUUAUGAGAUGGAUCAAGAAAUUAUCAGAUGCUAUAUGAAGGAAAAGGGCAUUCAGUAA